CUCAGGGGACCAACCCCCAAAGCCCUAGGGAGACCGGAAGGCGUGCUCUCAGAACGAGAGUCCGCAUUGGCUUCACCCGUGGAGAAAGGGUGGGAUGGUGUAGUCGCUCUUCUUGUUCAUUGGUCCGGUGAUUCCAUGGGGUGGGAUUUGGCUGGGCCUAAACUAUCCGCGGUCCCGGACCGGUUUCAGGGCGAAGCUGCCAUGCCUUCCGGGGGCCGCGGGCGGCCCCGGCUACGGCUGGGGGAACGUGGCCUCUUGGAGCCACCCUCACCGCCCAAGCGCCGCCUGCUACCGCGGGCGCACUUCUUGCCUCUGCUUCUGCUGUCCCUGGCCGUGGCCUCGGCGUUCUACACCAUCUGGAGCGGCUGGCACCGCCAGACUGAGGAGCUGCCGCGGGGCCGGGAGCUGCGGGGCCGGUUGAUCGGAAGCCUCCCUGAAGCCCGGCUGCGGAGGGUGGUGGGGCAACUGGACCCACACCGUCUCUGGAACACUUACCUGCGCCCCCUGCUGGUUGUGCGGACCCCGGGCAGCCCCGGCAAUCUCCAAGUCAGAAAGUUCCUGGAGACUACCCUACGGACCCUGACGGCAGGCUGGCAUGUGGAACUGGACCCCUUCACGGCCUCGACACCCCUGGGGCCACUGGACUUUGGCAACGUGGUGGCCACGCUGGACCCAGGGGCUGCCCGUCACCUCACCCUUGCCUGCCAUUACGACUCCAAGCUCUUCCCGUCUGGGUCGGCUCCCUUUGUGGGGGCCACGGAUUCGGCCGUGCCUUGCGCCCUGCUGCUGGAGCUGGCCCAGGCCCUGGACAGGGAGUUGAGUAGAGCCAAGGAGCAGGAAGCCCCGGUGACUCUGCAGCUGCUCUUUUUGGAUGGCGAGGAGGCACUGAAGGAGUGGGGACCCAAGGACUCCCUUUAUGGCUCCCGGCACCUGGCCCAGCUCAUGGAGUCUGCACCCCACAGCCCAGGCCCCACCAGGAUCCAGGCUAUCGAGCUCUUCAUGCUUCUUGAUCUCCUGGGCGCCCCCAAUCCAAACUUCUACAGUCACUUUCCUCACACGGCCCGCUGGUUCCAUCGGCUGAGGAGCAUAGAGAAGCGUCUGCACCGCUUGAACCUGCUGCAGUCUCAUCCCCAGGAGGUGAUGUACUUCCAGCCCGGGGAGCCCCCCGGCUCUGUGGAAGACGACCACAUCCCCUUCCUCCGCAGAGGGGUCCCAGUACUCCACCUCAUCUCCAUGCCCUUCCCCUCUGUCUGGCACACGCCUGGCGACUCGGAGGCCAACCUGCACCCCCCGACGGUGCACAACCUGAGCCGCAUCCUCGCCGUGUUCCUGGCUGAGUAUCUGGGGCUCUAGCCCCCCUUGGCGGACUCUGAAGGAGAAGUGUCCAGCUGGGACGUCCCAAGGGCACCCGGAGCCAACAGAGCUCAAGCCAGGCUGCCUGAUCCUUUCUUCAGCUCUAUUUAUGCCAUGAUCGGAAGAUCCUCUUUCCUUUGAUGGUCUCAAGCUGUCACUCUUCAAAGACACGGAAGAGACAAGGCCACUGUGGGGGCGAGAGCCAAAGGCAUGAGAGCUCGGACCCUGUCCUGAAGCACUCGGUUUGAAGGUUCACAGGCACCGAAUGCUGUUUGGUUGGAGUCAGCAGACCUUGGCCAGGCAUCUGGACCAGCAGCACCGCCCCACCAAAUGAAUCCUCCGUGGCUUAUGUUCUUACGAUGUCCGUGGAUUGCCAUGGGGGGUCCACAGGGGACGUGCUUGGAAACAGGAACAGAGGAGACGGAAGCCGAUAUUUGGGGACUCGAGUCUGCCAGACCCAAGGGCAAUAAACCAGUGUUUCCGGGGAACAUAUCCUGCAGAACUAGCAUGACUAGGUGUUGCAGGAGAAAGGGGGAUCAGAGACGCGGGAGGAGACAUUAAAGGAGUUUCUUCAUUGCACAAUGUGACAUUUCCAAGAGUAAGACAGAAUGCAGUGUUGUUUCCCCCAAACUAUUUCAGCGUGGAACCCCUUUAUUGCAAGGCUCGUGAAACUAGGGUACCUCAGAAGUCACAUUGGGAAACACUCGGUUUUGACAAGUUUGAGUGUGUCCGUGGAGGGAAUAAGACGGACCUUGAUUCACUGCCCACCAGGUCUACCAAACCAUCCUUUGUCUUUCUGUUGUGGGUGUGGGAGUGUGAGAAGGUGGGGGUCACUGCAACUCCAGUUGAGGAUGUAUUUCCCAACCCUACCUAAUAUUCAUGCGCAACUGGAGUGCUUAUUAAAAAAUUCAGAACCCCAGGUUCCUCCCGUUCCCCCCCCCCCCCCCGCCCCACAACCACCACCCAAACUUGCUGAAUCAGAACUCCAGAGAAUCAGAACUUACGUAGUGAAGGUGAGCACUGGCCUUCCGAGCCAGCUCGGGGCUGGAGAAGACUCCAGAAGACUCACAGGCUGAAACCCAGGAUAUCAAAUGAGAGAGGAGAAAUAGGUCCUCGUUCGUGGUUUUCCACAGUAGCUGACCUUCAUCUGGCACCUGCUGUGUGCCAGGCGCCAUGAGCACUUUACACAGAUUGGCUCAUGGAGUCACCGCCCAAGUCCUGAGGUAGGUACAAUUUCGGUUCUCAUUUUGCAAAGGAAGUGGCUAGGGCCGAGAAUGAUAUCCCGUUGUUUACAGAGCCCACGUUCUCACCCACAACCGCACUCUUAACCCCAUGUCUCAUCUCCCAGAAAUCACCUGUGCCGGCCCAACAGAUGGUUGACAAAAAGUAGCUCCUCCUGCCGCAUAAUUAACUGCAAGUUAGAGCAGGGUUGGGGGGACACUGGUGGCCUCUUACAGGUGUACAUGGCACUAGUCGAGUUUAGAAAUGGAAGUUCUGUGUCUUCUAUCAACAGCCAGGGUGGCCUGGAUCUCAAGCCACAGGCACGGCUCCUGUUUGUUCAUUUCUUGUGUGUUACCCACAGUGCCAAGCACUCGAGAGGGUUUCAUCUCCCCUUAGCGUCACUGCCAUCCCCGAGGGAGGGGAGACCAUCACCUCGGUGUUAGAGACGGGGAGCCGUGUGUUCAGUUACACACCCCGGGCUCUCUACGUCUCCUGCAAGACCUCCCAGUGGGGUGUACUGAGUACCAGGCACCGGGCAGGGAGGCCUGAUGCACAUUUCACCCUUGAAUCGGGGACAGGGAUCCUUAGCCCCACUUCACAGAUGAGGCUGCUGAUGCUUGGCCAGGUGUCUUCCGCAGCUCCCACUUGUCCCCCAAACUAGGGGCUUUCUGGUUUUACAACUCUGGAGGGGCCGCUAGGUUUAUCUGAAGUACACCUGUUGAGCAAUCCAGGUGCCGAUGACUCACACAUCGACCUUUCGAAGAAGGGUCAGUAUUCUCAUUUUGCACUUGAACAAACAGCUUCAGAGAAAUCAAUGGCUAUAGGUCACGUAGCCGGACACUUUCAUGCAACGUGUCUAGGGGCACUUUUUUUUUAAUUCGCUCUGCUUAUAAUUAUUUGGGCUUGUUGGUGUCAUUCAUCAGUCUAGGAUUCGCCAACCAUCCUGUCUUUAAAUAUUAUCUUUGUGCCAUUGUCUCUUCUGAUUCUAGAAGGUCAACUGAAUAUGUUAGACAUUGUAUUCUCCAUGACAUUCUUUCAUAUUUUUUUGUGUGUCUCUUUUUUGUCUCCGUGCUAACUUUUCAGACCUAGCUCUGGUUCAACAAAUCUUUUUUCAGUCUUGUCUUAUUUGCUGUUUAGCCCAGCUAUUGAGUUUUUACUUUGGGUUAUUGAGUCUGUGGCUCUUUUUUUUCCCUGUCAUUGUUACUAAUAUAACCUGUUGUCAAAUUGGCUAACAUACAGUGUGUAAAGCGUGCUAUUGGUUUUUGGGGUAGAUUCCUGUGGUUCAUCGCUUACAUACAACACCCAGUGCUUAUCCCAGUAAGUGCCCUCCUCAGUGCCCAUCACCCAUUUUCCCCUCUCCCCCACCCCCCUUUUUAAAAAUGUUUAUUUAUUUUUGAGAGAGAGAGAGAGAGAGCACGCAUGCACAUGAGUGGAGGAGGGGCAGAGAGAGAGGGAGACACAGAAUCCGAAGCACGCUCCUGGCUGUGAGCUGUCAACACAGAGCCCAAUGUGGGGCUCGAACUCACAAGCUGUGAGAUCGGGACAUGAGCUUAGUUGGACGCUUAACCAACUAAGCCACCCAGGCGCUCCUGUGGCUUCUUUCCGCCCACUCCCCACCCCCCAGAUUUCCAAGCUCUUGUAUAGAGCAAUCCUAUGAAACCUAUAAGCCACAAAGAGUAUCCCCUGCUUUCCAAAAGUUCAUGUCCCACCACUUUUACAAAAAGACCUACACUGGUACCUAUUUUCACUAAAGGAAAGAGAUCUGAAGAUUUUCACUUUUAUGAAAACAGCCGUUACCAUAUUAAUGUAGGUCUUGUGUAAAGGUGAGGUGAAUUAACUUGAACUUUCGGGAAGGGGGGGAUACCUGUAUUCUAACCUGUGCCUGACCGGUUCACCCUGUGAAGCCUUUGUGAGUCUGCUUCUGCUGUUGUCUGUGACUGUCUACUAGUCACUGUCUGAAAAAUCACUUGUGGGCAUUCUAGAUGACAGUUCCUUACCCCAGAGGAUUUAUGUUUGUUUCUGCCAGACGUCUCAGCUAAGAAGUACCCUGCAACACAGAUGAUACAAACCUGGGCCACAAACCUGAGCCAAGGGCCAGCCUGUGUCCAUGAAUUCUUGGGGUCCACUUUUUUCUCUCCUUUGGUCUUGUGCUCCCCUCAGUGUUAUUUAAAAAAAAAAAAAUUUUUUUAAUGUUUAUUUUUGAGAGAGAGAGAGAGAGAGACACAGAAUCUCAAACAGCCUCCAGGCUCUGAGCUGUCGGCACAGAGCCUAACACGGGGCCUGAACUCACGAACCGUGAGGUCAUGACCUGAGCCAAAGUCGGGUGCUUCACUGACAGAGCCACCCAGGCGCCCCUCCCUUCAGUGUUUAGAACAUCUUCUCUGCAGUCUUCUGGGUCAUCCUUACUGGAGCUUGUAGUUUGGUGGGAUCCCAGCUCCUGUGAGAUUUCCCACCUUGGGCAGGCUUGGCCUUGACUUUUGUCUGCUUGUCCCUACAAGAUUACAAAUAGGAAACUCAAGUUUGUUGGCAUAAGCAAAUGCCCUCAGAGCAAAAGUAGCUUCCAUGCCCCAUGUACCUUUCCCUUAAAUUUCUGGCGUGAUGUGUCCUUUAACUGUAUUAUAUUGGCUAUUUGAUGCUUUUACGAUUUUUUAACUACCUCUUUUCAGCAGAAGAAUCCAAAUAAUCUGGUUUCUCCCUCCAGGAAACUGGCCCACAAAGCCAAGCCAAGACUCAAACCCAGCUCUCUUUGAUUCCAAAAUCUAAGUAUUAAAUAACGACUGUGAUGUAUCCUACUCUCUCUGGUCAUUUUUAUACCCUGAUGAGACUAUCAGAGACUGUUAAUUGGCUCUCAAUAUCCAUUCUUCUCUCUUCCUUUAUACUUGAAUUGUUUAAAUGACUUAAUUCCUCUUCUUAUUUAGUAAAUAAGUGAGGAUUUUAAAGCUUCAAUUAUGGGAAACACAGGAGUCUUUAGUAAAACAGUUUUUUUGUCGUUGGGCAUGAUGUACCAGCUAAGGCACAACAUUUCCCAGUCUCCCUUGCAGCCCUUCCAUGUGGCUUAAGCUGUGACUAAUGAAAUGUUGUAUGGUGCAGUAGUUCUGGGAGGAAGGAGUCUUCUCUUCCUGCAAAAUAAUGAUGGCUGGAGUUCUAGCAGCCAUCUUAGACCAUGAGGAUGGGGGCCACAGCCAAAGAAUAGCGAGCCGGAAGCAGCCUGCGUUCCUGAUGACUUCAGGGCCACCGUACCUGCCCAUCCUGGAUUUCUAAAGAAAUAAAAACUAUCUUGUUUAGGCUACUAAUAACGCCGAGAUUUUUGAAUCCAAAUGGACACAGACGAAGGAGAGUCAAAAACAAUCUCAAGCUAAGGGACUUGGCUAACGAUUCUUUUCUCAGUCUUUUCCAGCUCACCAUGCAGUGGCCCAGGGCUCCCUCCUCUCUCCAACCCCCUCCCUAAACAACACACAAACCAGUCCGGGCCCAGCCUUAUAAAUAUUGAUUUUAUAGAAAGGACCAAUUCAAAACUGGUCAGAUGCCACACACCAGAAGCUUCCAGAACCACAAGGAUGAAAAUCCAAAACCAAAAAAAAAAACAAAACACAAAAAACCCCAAACA